GGGGCCCGGCCAUGGACCAGUGCGUGACGGUGGAGCGGGAGCUGGAGAAGGUGCUGCAGAAGUUCUCGGGCUACGGGCAGCUGUGCGAGCGGAGCCUGGAGGAGCUGAUCCAGUACGUGGCCGGGCUGCGCCGCGAGAUCCUCCAGAGCGAGAAUCAAGACGGGGAUCUCUCCGGGACAAUAUCACUUGUUAUGACCCAGUGUUGCAAACGAAUAAAAGACACUGUUCAAAAAUUGGCCUCGGAUCAUAAGGACAUUCACAGUAGCGUUUCCAGAGUUGGAAAAGCAAUUGACAAGAACUUUGACUCUGACAUCAGCAGCGUGGGGAUUGACGGGUGCUGGCAGGCCGACAGCCAGCGAAUUCUGAAUGAGGUGAUGGUUGAACACUUUUUCCGACAAGGGAUGCUGGAUGUGGCUGAAGAGCUUUGUCAGGAGUCUGGGCUUUCAAUAGAUCAGAGUCAAAAAGAACCAUUCGUGGAGCUUAACCGAAUAUUGGAAGCACUUAAAGUUAAAGUUUUGCGACCAGCACUAGAGUGGGCUGUUUCAAACAGAGAAAUGCUGAUGGCACAGAAUAGCUCUUUAGAAUUUAAACUGCACAGGCUAUAUUUUAUUAGUUUAUUAAUGGAUGGAACUGCAAACCAGAGGGAAGCACUGCAGUAUGCUAAAAAUUUUCAGCCAUUUGCCCUAAACCAUCAGAAAGAUAUUCAGAUUUUGAUGGGAAGUCUAGUAUACCUGAGGCAGGGAAUUGAAAAUUCACCGUAUGUCCAUUUACUGGAUGCAAACCAGUGGGCAGACAUCUGCGACAUCUUCACAAGGGAUGCCUGUUCUCUGCUGGGACUCUCUGUUGAAUCGCCUCUAAGCGUUAGCUUUUCAGCAGGUUGUGUAGCGCUGCCUGCACUAAUUAAUAUCAAAGCUGUGAUUGAACAGAGACAGUGCACUGGCGUUUGGAAUCAGAAAGAUGAAUUACCGAUUGAAGUUGACCUUGGUAAAAAGUGCUGGUAUCAUUCAAUAUUCGCCUGCCCCAUCCUUCGUCAGCAAACAACAGAUAAUAACCCACCUAUGAAGUUGGUUUGUGGUCAUAUUAUAUCAAGAGAUGCUCUGAAUAAAAUGUUUAAUGGCAGCAAAUUAAAAUGUCCCUAUUGUCCCAUGGAGCAGAGUCCAGGAGAUGCCAAACAGAUAUUCUUCUGAGGACAAGAUUGACUGUGUAGUUCAGAUCAGACACUGACUUAUGGGUUUGCUUUGGAAGACCUGCAGUAGGCAAAUGUUCCAUCUUCACAGCAUCAAAUGGAAUGUUCCCUAUAU